UUUUGAUCUGGCAGCACAGGUUGACAGCAGGUAUGAAAAACAAAUAAAUUUAAAGGUAGGUCGGCAAAUAGGUCGGUAUGUACCAGAAAGUACUCUGUGGUAUGUACUCUCUGAAUAGGUUUGCGUUUCCAUGGGAAUGGUGUGUUAUUAUGUUUCUCGUUUCAUAUUUUCAAUUUUCUUUCAUAAAAUAAUAUAUCUCAAAGAUAAAGGAACUUGCUACCUACGUAAGAGUUCCAGCCGAAUAUAAUGACGUUAUAUAUUGAUACUAAAUUAACUUUUUCUGAUAUUAAUGUAAUAUCCACUGUUGGGGCAUGGCACCCAUCGCUUCCACUACUUGCAGUUGGUUCGUAUACUCAAGAAAAAGGUGGAUUCGUUACAAUAUUUCAAGAAAAUGGACUUGCAUUGGAAGGCUGUGAAUGGCCUACAUUGUUAUCAAAUCAAGUUACAGCUUUAGCCUGGCAUCCUUCAAGACGAUUGUUAGUUGUUGGAUGGGAUGGAGGAGAACUAUAUAUUUGGCUAGAAUAUUCCUGGGCGCGACUAGAAGCACCUCAUAAUGCCGCUCUUACAACUGUUGCUUUCAGCAUUGGCGGAGGACGCCUCCUUGCUUCAGAUGCUGCAGGUUCUUUAUCAGGUUGGCAGUCUGCAUCUGGUGCACCCUUGACUUCUUUUCAUCAUCAGCUUGGUGAUGUUAUAACCCAUGUCACAUAUUGUACUCCUCGACCAAAUAGUGAAACUUCAAUCAGAGGUCUCGCUCGGGCAGCUGUUGCUGGUGAUGAAAAUGCACUAGAUGCUCUUGCUGCUUGGAGACCCCGCACUACAGCUCGAAUGAGGGAAGGUGCUCAACCUGACAAUCAUGCUUGUUAUGCUGCUCAGGAUAAUGGGGUAAUUUUGUAUAUUGACCAGUCUGGAGCUUGUUCAGAAGUACUCAAUGCUCCUGGCAAUAUAAUAUUCAUGGGUGUCAUCAACAGUAUUUAUCUUCUGGUUGCAUGGGAAUCUGGAGGAGCUUUGAGUCUCACAAGGUUCAUCACAGCUGAAGAUGGCUCUUUGACAACUGAUACUCAUGUUAGAAUGGCCUCCAGAAACGGUCAAUGCAUAGUGCUAGCCGGAAACUAUAAUGUAGCAGUUAUUACUGGAGAAAAACUUAUCAGAGUGUGGGAUAGUGAGACUGGAGAUAAUGAUGCUCUACCUAAUGAGAAAGAGGAGAUUGCCACAGGAGAUAUCUUUACUAGUAUUUGUUACUGCAAUUUGAGUGAUACUCUUUGUUGUGGGACAGCACAGGGAAAUUUGUAUUUGUGGAGGAGAGAUCACAGAAACCAAUGGAAACUUAUAAGUAGCACUUCAAUCAAAGGCACAGUGAAAGAUGUUACCUGGGGUUCAGAAGGUCUAAUGAAUCCACUCCUUCAUGUUAAUUGUAUAACUAGUGCUUUUAUUCUACGGGAACAACCUGUUUGUUGGGGCUAUUCAUCAAAUGUGUGGAUGGUACAGAAGUCUGCCAAUGAAAUUGCUAUCUGUAAUAAAAAUAAUAUCUCCUCAAGUAUUACUACAACUAUUACUGUCAAGGCUUUUGCUUUCAAAGAUCAAUAUGUGGCAUUGGGAGAUGGGAAAGAAGUGCAGAUUUGGAUGUGCAGCAAAGAAAUUGACACAAAGUUUUCUCUCAUUCGAAGUUUUUCAUGGAAAACAGAUGUUCUUAUCAUCUACAAUGAUGUUCUUAUAGGCAUUGUUAAUCCUCAUAUUGAAUGUUAUACCAUCACAGGGAACAGUUUGGGUAUACUCCCAAGUUCUGAAGGUGAAGGAGAACCAAUAGGCAUUACAAACACAAAUAAAUUUAUUGUUAUUGCAACAAUGGAUGGCACGUUGAAGUUAGCUGAAAUCACUAAAAAGGGCCUUAGAAUGCCAUAUCCUCCGAAAAAUUGUUAUCAAAUGAUAGAGGAUUUUGGAGAAGUAAUGAGGGCGUCAGUGAAUUCAUCUGGCAGGUAUAUAUGUUUGAGCAUAGCCAAUGCGGGCCUUGCACCAGAUCCUAGGCUUUACCUUUGGGAUGUUGCUAAUGAUGUCAUCACUAAUUCACUUAUGUCUGAUAAUUCAAGUCCUCCAUAUCAAAGUGUCCCCAUAGCAAUAUUAUGGGAUAAUAAUGACCCCAGAGUGGUUGCUGUUCAUAUGAGAUCAGCGGAUUUAGAUAAGGUUCACCUAUUUUUCUGCCAUGAAGGCAAUCUGUAUGAGUACAAAAAUUGGUGUAUAUCAUCAGAAGAAUAUUUCAUGUCGGAUUUUAUGUUAUGCAAUGUGCAAGCCCCCAAUGUUGUUAUUUUGUCGCAACAAAAUCUGAAGAAGAUCUUGAUGCGUGAAUUUGAAGGCCGAAAUGAAUCUGAUCCAGUAUAUACCCGUCAAGUAUUAGAUUUUUUAUACUAUAUGACUACCGGUCAUUUAGAGAAAGCCGUUGUUGUGGGAACAAAUAUAUCAGGGAGUAAAGGAUCUAUCAUUUGGGACAGUUUGGCGAAAGUAUGUGUAUCGCGCAAGAGACCUGACGUUGGGGCGGUAUGCCUAGGUAAAAUGGGAAACAUCAAAGGUGCUCUUAUGAUGCGUAAAGCAAUGAAUGAUAAUAAUUUGGAUGACACUUGUAAAAUUGCCGUGCUGGCCGUGAAUCUUGGCUUGAUAGAAGAAGCAGAAAACUUGUUUAGGCAGGCGGAACGUCCAGACCUAACGACCAGACUGAUAUCUGCAAAAGAAGGAGGAUUAAAUGAAAUCACCAAUGGAACUGAUGAAGGCGAAAACAUACUGCUUAUAAAAAGCGCUCAGCAUAAAUUGGCUAAAGUUCUUUGGGCUAAUGGAGAAACAGGUCCAGCUUUAAAACUAUUCGAAAGUGCUGGAACUUUGGUGCCCCAUGUCCCGAGAAUGUUGAUCGCUCAAGGCCAAGCCGCAAUAUUAGCUCAAUAUGUUGCGACUUCUAAUGACGUCGCUCUCAUAACAUGGUGGGGACAUUAUCUCGAAAGCGUUGGAGAUAUGGACGGGGCUUUGGAAUCUUAUGCUCGUGCUAAUGACUUUGGAGAACAAACUCGUCUUUUAUGUCAUAUGGACCGUAUAGAAGAAGCUGAAAAAUUGUGUGAGAAGAAUCCGUCUUCUUUAUAUCAAAUGGCGCGUUAUUUGGAAAUGCACCCAGAUAAGACUGAAACUGCGGUCAAGAUGUAUAUAAAAUGUGGUGCCAUAUCAUCUGCCAUCCGCGUGGCUGCUGAAGCAAGCGCGUGGAACCUCGUGUGGCGCGCGGGGUCUGCGUCCUCUGCGCAUGCGCUGCACGCCGCCUUCAUACUCGAGAAUGCGGGCCAGGCCGAAAGAGCGAUAGCAGCAUAUCAGAAAGCUGGCAAGCCGCACAUGGCGCUAAAGCUGGCGCUGAGCAGCGGCGACACGGGCGCGAUGGUGUCGGCCGUGGAGUCGUUGGGCACGGCCGUGGAGCCCGAGCUGGCGCGCACGCUCGCCGCGCAUCUCCGCCGUGCCGACCGACACGAGCACGCCGCCGCGCUGCUGGCCACUGCCGGACAGUACGAGGAAGCGUUAGACAUCGUGGAGCAAUCCGACACCCAGCUGACAGAGGAGCUGAGCGAGCGCUUGGCCGCGCCGGCGGGCACGAGCGGGCGCGACGCGCUGCUGCGGCGGCUGGCCGAUGUGCUGGGCGCGCGGGGGCUCUACCACCAGGCCGCCAGGCAUAGGGCCACGGCUGGGGACAAGGCGGGCGCAAUGCGCUGGCUGAUGCGGUCGGGCGACGCGGAGCGCAUAGCGACGUUCGCGGCGGCGACACGCGACCGCGCAGCGCAGCUCAUGGCUGCAGACUACCUGCGGCGCCACGCCGCCUGGCGCGACCGCCCGCACCUCGCGCGGCACAUCGUGCACUUCUACACCAGGGCCAAGGUCUACGGCAAGCUGGCCGCCUUCCACGCUGAGUGCGCCAAUGUCCAAGUAGAACAGUUUGAUGACUAUGAAAAGGCACUGGAAUCUUUGAAAGAAGCUGCAAAAUGUCUAUCAAAAUCAUCAGAUCCUGAUUCGGGAUCCCAAACUGUGGCGCUACAGGAACAAAGCACACUAGUCAAGAGAUAUUUAGAUGUAAAGAAGACUUUAGAAUCUGGUGAAAUGAAUACUGGAGUGAUGAGCGGGCAGCAAUUACUCCGUGCUGUCGCCGGCCGCGCUGGGCUGAUCACAGAGGAAAAAGUGUUGAUAUUGAUGCUACAAUACGCCCACAACCAUCCUGAAGCUACACGAUUCGAGCAGCAACUGAGAUCUUUACAAAAACAGCCAGAAGUAGAAAGCCAAUCUACAGAUUCCCCAGAACAAAGCAUAGAAGAAAUAAUUUAAUUUUAUGUUAAUUAGACGUAUUAGUUCAAUAGGUAAGUACUUGUAAGUGAUAUAUAUAGUAUGUGAUUUGUAACUUAUUCCGUCCUAGCAAUAAAAUUAUUUUACAAGAAAA